AUGGCAGCACGUCCACAGCACCAUGCUGAUUAACUCACGGGAGAUCGAUGUUUGCGGUCUCCGUUCUCAGACAGCGGGCGACCGGGGAUGGUCAACAUGCUAUACAAAAGUCUCCGUCCUACACGUCUAGCCAGGCUGUACAAAUCCGUGGACACCCUUUGCUCGGUGGCUGACUUGAAGACUCGUUGUGGAAGGAACGCCGUUGUCCUUACAGCAGCACCAUGAGUCAAGGAUCAACGAUGGCGGUGGAGGAGAAGAAGACGGACAGCGACGAUGGCAUCAGCCUCACAGAGCAGGACGAGCUGGAGAUCAUCCGUCGACACGACUACUUGGAGCUUGAAGAUGCAAAGACUUUAACCCAUUUGGCCUCGCUAGCCAAGCAGCAGUCAAUAGGCGCUCUCAGCAAUGCCGCCUCACAGUCCAACCCGAACGCACUAGAUCGAUAUGCGACGUUGCAAGGGCUGCAACCGGACGAUGAUGUUUUUGACCCCAGCAGCGACAAAUUCGACCUCUACAAAUGGAUUCGAUGGAACACGAAGAUGACAAACGAAGAAGGCAUCAAGGUCAAGCGUACAGGCGUAGCUUUUCGCAAUGUCAACGUGCGAGGCACUGGACCGGCUCUGAACAUUCAGUCCACCGUCGGCAGCUUACUCACAGCACCAUUCCGAGCGGGUGACAUGUGGAGAUCAAGAAAGAAGGUACCCCGUCACAUUCUCAAAGACUUCAACGGCCUGGUCAAAAGCGGCGAACUUCUCGUCGUUCUUGGACGUCCUGGUGCAGGUUGCAGCACGCUGUUGAAAACUCUUACAGGAGAGAUGCAUGGAUUGCAAGUGGACCACGAUACGGUCAUACACUACAACGGCAUCGAGCAGAACAGAAUGAUGAAGGAGUUCAAGGGUGAAGUGAUCUACAAUCAAGAAGUGGACAAGCAUUUUCCACACCUGACGGUUGGUCAAACUCUCGAGCACGCUGCUGCACUGCGAAUGCCACAGAACCGCCCGUACCAAGGCUCGCGACAAGACGCCGUCGAGCAUGUCACCAAAGUUAUAAUGGCCGUAUACGGCUUGAGCCACACAUACAACACCAAGGUCGGCAACGACUUUAUCCGAGGUGUCUCAGGAGGCGAGCGAAAACGUGUCAGCAUAGCAGAAAUGGCACUGGCCAAGCCUGCUGUUGCAGCCUGGGACAAUUCAACGCGAGGUCUCGACUCAGCAACUGCUCUCAAAUUUGUGAAAGCUCUCCGUGUCAACGCAGAUCUCGAUGGCUCAGCGCACAUCGUAGCGAUUUAUCAAGCCAGUCAGCCCAUCUAUGAUGUCUUCGACAAAGCUGUCGUGCUGUACGAAGGGCGACAGGUAUUCUUUGGUAAGGCUAAAGAUGGCAAGGCCUACUUCGAGCGCAUGGGUUGGUACUGUCCUCCUCGACAGACAGCGGGAGACUUCUUGACAAGUGUCACCAACCCGGGCGAGAGACAACCGCGUGCCGGAUACCACAGCAAGGUCCCACGUACGCCGGACGAGUUCGAAGCAUACUGGAAGAAUAGCCCUGAGUACCAGCAACUGCAGCGCGAGAUCGCCGAAUACGAGCAGGAAAAGCCCAUUGGAAACCCAGAGGAGCUACAGGACUUCCGUGAUUUCAAAUCUGGUGUGCAAUCACGGCACACGCGCAAAUCGUCGCCAUACACCGUCAGCGUGCCUAUGCAGAUCAAGCUCAAUACCAAACGCGCAUUUCAGCGUAUACUAGGCGAUCCACCGGCCACGGUCGCGCCCAUAGUCAUGAACAUCAUCAUGGCACUUCUCAUCGGUAGCAUCUACUUUGGUGGUGAAGAUGACACCGCGUCUUUCUCCGCUAGAGGAGCGACAUUGUUCUUCGCCAUCCUGCUUUGCGUGUUCGCCGCCAUUAAUGAGGUGAACGCCUUAUACGAGCAGCGACCCAUCGUAGAGAAACACAAGUCCUACGCCUUCUAUCAUCCCGCCACGGAAGCGAUCGCAGGGGUCGUAAUCGACAUUAUCCCCAAAUUCCUGCUUGGGACGGCGUUCAACGUGGUUAUCUACUUUCUCUCCGGAUUGAGGGCUGAGCCAGGAAACUUCUUCCUCUACUUCCUAAUCACUUAUAUCGCGACAUUUACCAUGGCGGCACUGUUCAGAUCGAUCGCGGCACUGUCGUCUACCGUGUCGCAGGCGAUGACAUAUUGCGGAGUCCUCCUACUAGCGGUCGCAGUGUACACCGGGUUCAUUCUUCCUACGCAAUAUAUGAAAGACUGGUUUGCUUGGAUUCGCUGGAUCAAUCCAGUCUUCUACGGAUUCGAAAUUCUGGUAGCCAACGAAUUCCAUGGCAGGGAGUUCGAUUGCGCUGUCUUUGUCCCGGACUAUGCGAAUCUGACAGGAGACACCUUCGUUUGCUCAUCGCGUGGUGCGGUGGCUGGCCAAUUGACGGUACAAGGCGAUGCAUUCAUUGAUGCCGCUUUUGGGUACACUUAUGACCACGUCUGGCGAAACUUUGGGAUCCUCAUCGCGUUCCUGAUCGGAUUCUUGUCGCUGUACUUCACCAUUGUGGAACUCAACUCGACGACUGCAUCGAAAGCGGAGGUCCUCGUAUUUCGUCGCGGGCGCGUGCCGGACUACUUGAAAGACGCCAAUGCGAAGAAAGCAACCGAUGUCGAGGCUGGCGAACCGGACAGGGCGAAACCCAUCAAAGACCUCAGCACCGAGGAUGAGAAGAGCAACGACAGCACGAGUGAUAUCCAGAUCACUGCGCAGACGGACAUGUUUACAUGGCGAAAUGUCACCUACGACAUUGAGAUCAAAGGUGAACCUCGACGUCUGCUUGACGACAUUAGUGGAUAUGUCAAACCUGGUACACUGACCGCCUUGAUGGGUACCUCUGGUGCAGGAAAGACGACUCUACUGGACGUGCUCGCUCAACGUGUCAGCAUGGGUGUCAUUACUGGCUCCAUGUUCGUCAAUGGUGCCCCUCUUGAUGCAAGUUUCCAGCGGAAAACAGGCUAUGUGCAGCAGCAAGACCUGCAUCUAGACACAGCAACAGUAAGAGAAUCGCUUCGCUUUUCUGCGCUCCUUCGACAGCCAGCAAGCGUAUCCAAAGAAGAGAAAUUCGCAUAUGUGGAACAAAUCAUCAAGCUCCUUAGCAUGGAGGACUUCGCCGAAGCCGUCGUUGGUGUACCUGGUGAAGGACUCAACGUUGAGCAGCGCAAGUUGCUCACCAUUGGAGUCGAGCUUGCCGCGAAGCCCAAGUUGCUCCUUUUCCUCGACGAACCAACAAGUGGACUUGACUCUCAAAGUGCAUGGGCUAUUUGCUCUCUACUGCGAAAGUUGGCCGACAACGGACAGGCUGUCUUGUGCACAAUCCAUCAGCCCAGUGCUACAUUGUUUGCAGAGUUCGAUCGCCUUCUCUUCCUCCGGAAAGGCGGACAAACAGUAUAUUUCGGUGAGAUUGGACAAGACUACAGAACGCUACUCGACUACUUCACCAAGAACGGAGCCAGGCCUUGCGAUCCGGAAGAGAACCCUGCAGAGUACAUGCUCGACAUCGUUGGAGAUGAGAAAGCAGACUGGGUUUCUACGUGGCGACAAAGUCCUGAAGCCGAACGACUUCAGGACGAAAUCGAGGAAAUUCAUCAGACUCAGCGACAAUUGACUUCUUCCAGCGAUGACGACCAUGCUAUGGCGCAGUCCGAAUUUGCCAUGCCGCUCUCUGCCCAGAUGGUCGAAGUCACGAAGCGAGUGUUCCAGCAGUACUGGCGGAUGCCGGAAUACAUUAUUGCGAAGAUUGGACUUGGAUUCUGCUCGGGCCUGUUCAUUGGCUUCUCAUUCUACGACGCCCAAACCUCGCUGCAAGGAAUGCAGAACGUCCUCUACGCCGUCUUUAUGGUCGUCUGUAUCUUCACCAAUAUCACAAACCAGGUCAUGCCGCUUUUCGUCACGCAACGCGCUUUGUACGAGGUCAGAGAGCGUCCAAGCAAAGCAUACAGCUGGAAGGCUUUCCUACUGGCGAACAUCAUCGUCGAAGUCCCGUGGCAAAUCCUCUCUGGAAUCUUCACCUGGACAGUCUUUUACUACCCCGUCGUCGGCGCCGGCCAAACGGUAGAAAGACAUAUCCUGGUCCUCCUCCUGUUCAUCGCAUUCUUCAUCUAUGCUUCCGUCUUUGCGCAAAUGUGCAUCGUCGUCAUGCCAGACGCUUUGACAGCAAGUGCGAUUGUCGUUCUGCUGUUUUCGAUGAUGAUCAUUUUCUGCGGUGUCAUGCAGCCUCCAAGCCAAUUGCCAGGAUUCUGGAUGUUCAUGUACAGGACAUCUCCUAUGACUUACCUCAUCUCCUCCAUCGCGAUUACAAUGCUUCACCAACGACCGAUCGAGUGUUCAUCAAGCGAGAUCAACGUCUUCCAACCUCCAGCCGGACAGACUUGUGGCGAAUACAUGGCAGACUACAUGACCACCGCGAACGGCGUGCUACAGAAUCCUCAAGCGACGAGCGAUUGCGGAUACUGUUCUCUCACGACCGCCGAUCAAUACCUCUCGAAUGCUGGAAUUGAGUGGGGGAAUCGAUGGCGAGAUUUCGGACUUGUAUGGGUCUAUAUCAUCGCCAGCGUGGGCAUUGCCGUCUCGCUGUACUAUGUGUUCAGAGUUUUGCCAGUGCAGAGAAAGCGAAGGACUCAGAACGUCUCGCAGGGAGAGACAAAGGAGAAGAAAUGAAGGGGCUUUUGGGUAAAACGAACAAUUAAUGAGAUAUAGAUUAUAGAAAAUUUGUAUCAACACAGAGGUUUUGAAUACACGCAGGUUUGCUGCGAGGCGAGCUUCGAAAUCAUGCCCGCUCUUAGGACAGGACCGAUUUUGCCACAAAUCGUUCGAAUCCAAUCCAA